GCCCGCAACUGUUGCUCCCCAGUUGGGGUCGCGCCCCCCAUGCCCCAGCAGGUCCGGAGCACUCCCGCCGGCACCCCCCAGGAAACCAUGCCCCCUGCUCCGGGCCCAUGGAGACAUGGCCUGUAGAGUCCUCGGCUGGGCAGUGCCACCUCCCCCCCGGCUGACGCGCAGGUUCCUCUUCAUCUUCACGCUCUCUCUGUCCUGCACUUACCUGUGUUACAGCCUUCUCUUCUGCUGCGACAGCCUCAUGCAAAGCCGUGGCCUCGGGGAGCACCGCUGCCUCCUCAUUCGGAACGUGGGCGGCAAGAAACUUCUCCAGAAGUCCCCUUAUUGCAGCCUAGAGGGGCCGGCGCCCAGCGCUGCCUCCCCUGGAGCCCCCGCCCUCAGUUCCGCGCCCGCACCCGCUCCUCGCCUGGCCACCACCAACCAUUCCAGCACCCCGAAGCUGGGCACGAAGAGGCUCCCUCAGGCCAUCAUCGUGGGUGUGAAGAAGGGGGGCACCCGAGCGGUACUGGAGUUUAUCCGAGUACACCCCGACGUACGGGCUGUGGGCACUGAGCCCCACUUCUUUGAUCGGAACUACGACCGGGGUCUAGACUGGUACAGAAGCCUCAUGCCCAGGACACUUGAAAGUCAAAUUACAAUGGAGAAAACACCCAGCUACUUUGUCACCAAGGAAGCCCCAAGGAGGAUUUUCAAUAUGUCCCGAGAUACCAAACUGAUUGUGGUUGUCCGAAACCCUGUGACAAGGGCUAUCUCAGAUUACACUCAGACUCUUUCCAAAAAGCCAGACAUCCCAACCUUUGAGGGGCUCUCCUUCCGCAACCGGAGCCUGGGACUCGUGGAUAUGUCUUGGAAUGCCAUCCGCAUAGGCAUGUAUGUGGUGCACCUAGAGAGUUGGCUUCAGUACUUUCCACUGGCCCAGAUCCACUUUGUCAGUGGUGAGCGCCUCAUCACAGACCCUGCUGGGGAGAUGGGCAGAGUCCAGGACUUCCUGGGCAUUAAAAGGGUCAUCACAGAUAAGCACUUCUAUUUCAACAAGACCAAAGGCUUCCCUUGCUUGAAAAAAACAGAAAGCAGCAUUCUUCCCCGCUGUCUGGGAAAAUCCAAAGGGAGAACUCAUGUACAGAUAGACCCUGAGGUGAUAGACCAGCUCCGAGACUUUUAUAGACCAUAUAAUAUUAAAUUUUAUGAAACUGUUGGGCAGGACUUCAGGUGGGAAUAAACAACUUGUGAUGGGAGUGUACUCUUCAGGCUUCAAUGAGGAUAGCUCUUGAGUACACAUGUUCUACUCCCUGCCACCACCAUCACACACUUACCCAUGAGUUCCAUGUUACCUAAUGCCUCAUAUCACCUCAUCCUUCCUUCCCCUCACCCUCAACACAACCAUAGGACAGCCAAACCUUUCUGGGGCUAAAAAGGCUAGGGGAAACCAAUCUGGCCUUUUCUGACCUGCCAGAUCUCCUAAAAAAGGAAAUCAAGGCAGGUCUGUCCCUGGUCCAACAAGGUUCCUGUUUACCUUUGGACCUGUUUCUGCCACAUGGGAGUCACCCACAGAGCCCUUUAAAACAGGAUGGGUAUGACUUCCCUGCAGUAAAGGGGCAGUCCUGGACAACCUGCCUGUGAAGAAAAUGAAUUUUCCCAGCGAUUACAAAUAUAUUGCUAUGUAUACACCAGUGUAUCCCCAUUGCUGUCUACACAGAAAUGGGCUUUGUAAACUCAGUUCCUAAUUGGCAUGUGCCUACCCUUUAUGCCCAUGGAGAGUUCACUGGCUCAGACCUCCCAAUACAGUCUGGGGGAAAAGAAGAAUCCUUCCAUCAUAGCCCCACCCCACACCUUCCAGAUCCCUGAGAGCAACCUUCCUGCCCUGUCCUCUACCACCAGGAGUUAGAGAAAGGAAGGACUCUCAUCAUACCCAGGAAGGCUGAGCUCUUGAUCUCUGAGAGAAACCUGGGACCAUGAAGAUAAUAAUGGAGAUGUCUGGAAAGCAAUGUCUUUGAAAGCCACAUUGUGAUGAUAGCUGGUCCUGUGAAUAAAGCACAGAUUUUUGUGGUUACGGGUACUUCACUGGCACUAGUAUUCUUGUUCAGCAUGUAAUUCAUGCUUGUUCAUGUGAAAUAAAGAUGGCUCUCUCUCUCUCUC